AUGUCUGUGUUUUACCCCACCUUGUGCCUCUGUGCGUAUGGCUUAUUUGCCAACAUGCGACCAUCGGAGCCUUUUCUUACCGCAUACUUGAUGGGACCAGACAAGAACCUGACCGAGGCGCAGGUUGUGAGUGAAAUCUACCCCAUCUGGACAUAUUCUUAUCUGGCGUUGCUGUUCCCCGUCUUUCUGGCCACCGACUACCUCUGUUAUAAGCCUGUGUUGGUGUUGCAGGCGGCGAGCUUUGUAGUUACUUAUGCGAUGCUGCUAAAAGCACAAGGCCUCCAGGCCAUGCAGUUGCUGGAGUUUUUCUUUGGGCUGGCCACCGCCUCGGAGGUAGCCUACUUCUCAUACAUCUACAGUGUUGUGGAGCCCACGCACUACCGCAGGGUGACCGCUUACUGCCGCAGUGUCACUCUGUUCGGCUCGGGCGCUGGCUCACUGAUCGGCCAGCUCCUUCUCACCGUGGCCCAAGUCCGGCUGGUGCACCUUGUCUGGGCUACGCUUGCGUCAGCUGUCAUAGCGUUUGUUCUCCCGUGGUUUCUGCCCAUGCCCAAGCGGAGCUUGUUUUUCCACAAGAAACCAGAGGGGACGACAGAGAGGCAGUGUGACUACAGCGGUGCCCUAAUUGAGAAAAUUGACCGCAAGGUACCUCUAGGCAAUGAGGAGGUCUCCACUGCAUCCCCAUCAUCAGCUGAGGUGCCAACCAGAAGCUGUGGCCUCUCAGGGGUCUUCAAGAUGCUUCUGGCUGACAUCCUACACUGUUACAGACGAGGUCCCCUGCUCGCAUGGUCACUCUGGUGGGCGCUGGCCACCUGCGGCUACUUUCAGGUGCUCAACUAUGCCCAAGCGUUGUGGGAGAACAUCCGCCCCUCCACUGAAUAUGACAUCUACAACGGCUAUGUGGAGACACUGUCCACACUGCUAGGGGCUGUAGCUGCCCUCCUGGUGGGCCACUUGCCUGUGCGCUGGACAUUGUGGGGAGAACUGGCCUUAUGUGCCCUGUCACUGCUCAUGGCUGCGUGCGUGCUCGUCAUGGUGACCCUUAAAAACAUUUGGCUGUGUUAUGGCACCUACAUCCUAUUCAGAGCCACCUACAUGCUGCUCAUCACUGUUGCCACAUAUCAAAUAGCUUCCAGCCUCAACAUGCAGCGUUAUGCCUUGGUAUUCGGUGUCAACACUUUCGUGGCUCUGCUGCUGCAGUCUCUGCUCACUCUGGUGGUGGUGGACUCAGCCGUCCUGGGCUUGGACAUCUUCACUCAGUUCUACGUCUACUGCGGCUACUUUGCUGUCAUCUCUGCUGUGUUCCUGUUGGCCGCGCUUUUCAAAGUGGUCACUCGGCGGCAUUCUGAACAGGAGGCUCUGUCCAGAAGCCCAGAAGACACGGAAAUGUCAUGA